AUGGAUUUCCGGUGGAGUACUCGUAUAGUUCAUGAAAAACGCCUACUGCGAGGAUGGAGGAUGGAUGAAGAUUUGGAAGGCUCCCAAAUCGUGGAAACUUCGUCAUAUGUAUACCUCGGACAUUCUAUGAACAUGGAAAGCGACUUGGAGGAAGAUUUGAAUAGGAGAAUGAAAGCAAAAGUGGACAGCAUUCGCACCGUCAGUGAAGCUACGAACCAGUUGACGGACCUAGAUCUCCCUGCUCAUCUGUUCGACCCCGCAGUUCUUUCAGCGCUCUAUUGCACAGCGGAGACGUAG